AUGUCAAGUAUCACCCCCUUGUCAAUCAUGUCGUUCGGUGCCUCGGCCGAUGCCGACCCGACAAGCCAGGGCCUCGCCUUGCCACCUUUCGCUUCGAGGAUCGUUGAAGCCGUCAACGACGAUCCGGCUAGCCUGUCGAUGCAGCACAUCGCACGCACAGUACUCAAAGCGAAAAGGGUCGUCGUCGUAUGUGGUGAGUCUCCCGCUUCUGUUGCUCCUUUCCUUGGGCGUCAUAGCAGUUUCAUGCGAGCACUGGGACCAGGGCGGUCGACGACGUCAACUGCAAGUAGCGAACGGGCCGGGCUCGGCAAGGGCCGAUAUCCCCUCGGCCUUGGCCCUAAGUGUCGUCGAGUCCUAUGCCAACUGCGGCCGGCAAAGCAAGCGAAGUGAAUGCACGAUUUUUUCGGUUACAGCCCAUUUCAUUCACUCUGCGUAACCCGGAGUCCGGCCUGGCACCCUUGCAACGGCCAAACCAAGAAAGAAGCGGAGUUCUUCGUUCAACCUGGCUGACCUAACCCAAAUUGUUACCCCUCCCCGCUGCCUUCGCUACGCCGCUCAAUCCUCGAAUUAAUGACCGCAAUAGGCGCUGGGAUCUCGUGUGCAUCUGGUAUCCCAGAUUUCCGAAGCUCUGAGGGUCUCUUCGAUUCGCUCAAGCGGCAGUACCCUGAGGCGAGGCUCAACACGGGCAAGGAUUUGUUCGAUGCCUCCCUCUUCUCGGUACGUCUCGAUCAGUACGGCUCUGUGAAAGUCGUCACAAUGAAGCCCUGGCGUUCUUCUUAUGUAUCCGUUUAUUGUACAUUGAUCAGUCUGAGCAGAACGCCUCCAUCUUCUAUACCAUGAUUGCCGAGCUCAAAUCGAUGGCCGAUGUCGCUCAACCUACUGCUUUCCACUCGUUCCUCAAAGCGCUUGACGACGAGGGAAAGCUCAUGCGAGUGUACACACAGUAAGACUUCAUCGCUUGAAAUUCGACGAGUUCUGCAGUGCUUGAGCUCUGCCUGCUCUCACUCACAGAAAUAUCGAUGGGCUCGAGGAAAAAGCUGGCCUCUCGUACGGUCUCGGCGACAAAUCCUUGCCUCUCCCGCCUCGACGAGCGACUGCUCGCUCGCUCGGCAAGACGUCGUCAAGCCCCUCCUUCCCGUCGUCUUCGAACCCACAUCCGUCCAAGCAGUCCAGCCCGUCAGCCGCCUAUCCUUCGCCGGCUGCUUCGCCGCCCGCCGAUGAGGUGCCCGCGCCGCCGACACACUCCGAGAUCCCUCGCUGCAUCCCGUUGCACGGUCAUCUCGGAACCAUGUCGUGUGCUCAUUGUUCAACAACGGUUCCCAUCAACCCAUUCAUGCCAGCACUUGCGCAGGGAACGGCGCCGACCUGCCCCUCGUGUGAGUCGAUCGAUCUUGCGCGGACGGUCGCUGGCGAUCGGUCGCGAGGCGUGGGCCGUUUGCGCCCCGACGUCGUCCUUUACGGCGAGGAGCACCGCGAUGGCGAGCGUGUUGGAGAGAUCACCCACCGUGAUCUGAUGGGCGCAAGACCCGACCUCCUCCUAGUCGUGGGCACGACACUCAAAGUGCCCGGUACGAAGCGCCUCGUGCGCGAGUUGUCCAAAGUCACCAAGCCGCCCGUGUACGACACCGAGGACGAUGAAGAGAUGGAGAUGCCCGUUGCCAGCGGUAGCUCAACCUCGUCCAACUCGAGUGGCACGACCUCGUCCAAGACGAAGCGACCGAAACCCGCGCCCGUUCACGUCGUCUACCUCAACUACGAAUUCCCCAAGCCGAGUACGGAGUGGAAAGACGUGUUUGAUGUUUGGCUUCGCGGAGAUAUUCAGGCGUUCGUACAAGCCGUGCACGAUGAGAAGGACGAGGGAAUCCGCCGCGAGAUGGUGCGACAGAAGGAGAAGGAACUUCGCGAGUUGAAGGCGCUGGAAAGGGCCCGCGCUCGAGCCGAGCAGGAGGUUGCGCUCGCGAACGUAGAGGCUGCCGAGAUCAAGAAAAAGAAGAUAUCGGACAAGGCCAAGGCCUCACCUUCACAGGCGACCAAGACGGAGCGAAAACCAAAGCUCAGAGCCGAAGCCGGCCUCAAGGCCACCAAAGCCAAGUCCAGCCCUGAGCCCACGGCGGUGCCCGUCGUCGCACCCCCAAAGAAGGCGCGGACAAGUGGUUCGACCGCGAAGCCGCGAACGACAAAAGUCAACAAACCCAUGACGCCUCUCCCGACCCCACCCUCAUCGCAAGCCGCACCAGCACUGACACGGCAGACCGCUCGUGUCGCCAAACAAAACAUUCCGGUCGAGAGCAUGCUCUCCCCGCUCAAGACGCGAUCGGGGACCGUCCGUAACACGGCGCCGAUCAACAAGCUACCGUUCGCGGUCACCAAGCUGUCGUAUACCCAGGUCACCUCGGGGCCCUCGUCCAAGUCGACACGGACGAACACCCGAUUCUGA